CCGGCAGCCGCGCCGCCACAGCUCCCGGCACGGGCGGGCUCCUCCCGCGGGUGCGCCUGAGCCUCCGCGCCCCGCCGGCCCGGGGCCAGAGACGAUGAUCCCGCCGGGGGAGUGCCUGUACGCCGGCCGCAAGAGACGGAAGCCCGUUCAGAAACAGAGGCCGGCCACGGGGGCCGAGAAGUCAAACCCUUCCAAGCGGCACCGGGACCGCCUCAACGCCGAGCUGGACCAUCUGGCCAGCCUGCUGCCGCUCCCUUCCGACAUCGUGUCGAAGCUGGACAAGCUUUCUGUCCUGCGUCUCAGCGUCAGCUACCUUCGCGUGAAGAGCUUCUUCCAAGCUGUCCAGAAGGGCCCGCGGCAGCCAGCAGCCAGUGUCCCUGCACCCGAAGACCGCAGUCCCAGUGCGAGGUCCUCCGUGCCGGAGGGAAGACUGCUGCUGGAGUCUCUCGAUGGCUUUGCCCUGGUCGUGAGUGCGGAAGGCAUGAUAUUUUAUGCUUCAGCAACAAUCGUGGACUAUCUGGGCUUCCACCAGACGGACGUGAUGCACCAGAACGUCUACGACUACAUCCACGUGGACGACCGCCAGGACUUCUGCCGCCAGCUGCACUGGGCCAUGGACCCGCCGCCCGCCGACACAGAGGACGCCGUCCUGGGGAGGCUGCUGCGCGCGCACGAGGGAGGCGCCGACGCGCCCGCGGACUUCUCGGCCUUCCUGACGCGCUGCUUCGUGUGCCGCGUGCGCUGCCUGCUGGACAGCACCUCGGGCUUCCUGACAAUGCAGUUUCAAGGAAAACUAAAAUUCCUGUUCGGACAGAAGAGGAAAGCACCAUCGGGGACAGCCCUGCCCCCUCGGCUCUCGCUGUUCUGCGUUGUGGUGCCCGUCUUCCUACCUCCUGUGGCGGAGGCGAGAGUGAAGAACGCGUCCCUGAGGGCAAGGCACAGGGUGGACGUCCCGGCCCCGACGGACGCAAAGUUGAGGUGCGAAGUGGGCUCCCGCUGCCCCAGGUGCCCGAAGGGGGCGAGAGCUGCCGCACGUCAGGGUGAGCUAGACCCCCACGGGCAGCCCAGCCACCUCGCAGGGAGGAGCAACGGAGAAAACACUGCAGUGCUCAGGACACAAGCGGACGCGGGACUCUGGGCCCGGGUUCCAGCCAGGGCACCAUGCCUGUGCCUCAGAAGUGGCCCCGACCUCGUUUCUGCCCCCGAGGGGGCUGCAGGGCCCCUGCCGCCACGCCACCAAGAGGGCUCCUCUUGCUUGGAGGACUGGCCUGGCUGUGCGGCAGGGCUGCGCCCCAUCCUCCUGGCCGCUCAGGUGCUGUGGGAGCCGUGGCAUGCAUGCCAGCAACAGGGCCCGGCUCGUGGAAGCUGCCGGGAGAGGGCAUCUGCCUGCAUCUGCAUCUGCGUCUGGGGGGACAGGGGAGGAGACGAGCACGGGAGGGUACCCAGUGGCUGCUCAGGAGCCAAAGGGCGGAGGGAAAUGCACGCCUACAGCUGCUGCUUCGAGGUGCCUGGACCCGUGAAGCCUCUGAGCUGGAUGCCAGGGAAGCACGGCCAGGACGGGGGCACCAAGCUGAAGCCAGGGCCCAGCGAGAGUGUCCCGUUCUCCGUGCGUGCCAUGUCCCGAGGCUCCUGCAUGCCCUGCCCAGGCGUUCAGGGCCCCAUCCACGCCAGCGGCCUGACUGCUUUCAGAAAUUCACCCAGCUGCCACCCAGGAGGCCAUUCUCCCCAUGCCUACGUCAGCUGCACCGGCAGAGCUCUGCAGGACGGCGAUCAGGGCCAGGUGCGCCCUCUGCCCAGCUGCCCCUUCCCCCAGGGGAGCCUGGACAGUGGGCUCCCUCAGCCCAGAGGGCAGCGUCUCACAGGGGCAGGCUAUUCCAUUGAGGACACCAAGCUUCGAGGUGGGCCUGUGCCCUCGGGAGCCUCGUGCAACCCCAUCUUGUCGCUUGAUGUACCCAUCAAAAUGGAGAGUGACUCUGGGUCUGAGGACGCAGCAAACGGCUACUCCAUGUCCCCAGGCCAGGUGUGGCUGAGAGCCAGUGGCCUGGCCAAGGGACAGAUGGUCACGUUCCCUACCAGGAUGCACCUGAAAACAGAGCUGGAAGCCAGGCCCCACCUGUAUGCUCCGCACCUGGGGCGCAGCUUGCUGGAGGCUCCCCUGAGGGGCAGGGGUCCCCUCAGAGCUGGGCGGGAGCUGGUCCCUUCCUGCCCCGCACACUGCGCCUGCCUGGGGCGUGCGCACGGCCUUCCUGAGCCAGAUCCUCCCCCCCACUUCUGUGCACAGGGACACCAGCCCCCUGCACUGGGCUGUGACUGCAGAGCUCCGGGGACCGUGCCUGUUGUCAAACGAGAGCCCCUGGACUCACCACCAUGGGCCAGUCACAGCCAGGGCGGGGUGCCUGGAAUGUUCCCCAAAAGUGCUGUGGCAACGCCGAUGCCUCCCAAGGCCCCCGAGGGUGCUUUCCUGCCAUAGAGUGGGCUGCUCCCACAGCUAGCCUCUGUCCACGCUCAGUCUCGCCCUCAGCUGGGGCGGUGCGCACAGGAUCCAAGCCUUUCUGAAGGGACACUCUGCGAGGCUGCCCUAGCUCAGUCCUCUGUUAGGUGUGGGCAGCAUGUGUGACAGCAUAGUCUGUUUUUGGUAAACGUCACACAGGUUCUUAAGUGCAAAGUGGUCUGAAGUCUGUUCAAGUAGGACAGUAUUUCUCUUUCAAGGAUUAAGGUUUUCACAAAGAGGCCCAAGGGAGACAAGUCGGCCCGGAGGACAUCCGCUGCUCUCUGGGGGACAGUGGGCUCCUGGCCGAGCGGCCUCACGCAGUAGCUUCCAGUGCUUCCCACGCCCGCUUCCCAGCUCGCCUGCGCUGCGACGGCGGGCCACCCGCUCUGUGCAGGGUACGGCAGAGGGUGGCCGUUACCCUCGGUGUACGUGAGGGAUGUAAUUCUCUCGAGCCACAGGUGACCGUGCCGCCAUUUGUGGUAGGAAUCUGGAACGUUCCAGGCGAAAGAGCAGGUCUGCACUGGGUCCCACCCUUUGUGCUAUGUGCAGCCUGCUCCCCUCGACCCCACAGCCGAGUCUGGGGCCUCGCCCAGAGUGGAGACGGGCAGGACAGUGUCCCAUUCCUCCCGCAAGUCUGUCCAGCAUCAUCAGGGGCCUCCAUAGGUGGUCGUGCUACUCCGUGUCCGGUACGUGGCAAAGCUCAAGUUUACAGAGUCCAGGUUCGGAAGCAGAGAGAAGGGCAAAGUGUAGAGAAAAGAGGCAGAAGUCAAGUUGUUCGUGGAGGUUGUGUAUCGGUUUUCAAAUGAGAGUUCCAAUCGCCACCUAAGGAAGAUUCACUAGACAUAAGAUGGACAGGGGAUGUUUUCUAGAAAAACCGUGAAGGUCAUAUGCUCUGACCACAGGAGACCUGAUGCAAAGGCUGACUCAGAAAGCGGCGUCUCCCAUGAUCAGCACCAGCGACGGCCCCUUGUCCCCGGCAGGGCUGUUGGCACCAGCUGUGCUGUCCUGGCAUGCAGCCCACCGCCAAGCCCGCCUGCGCCAUGGUGGACACACUCCUGCCCCUCGGAGACAAGGGCAUCUGUCCCUAAGGUCGCCUUCUGCCAGGAAUCUCGGGAGAUGGCAGGAGUCCCUGGGGAAGACUUGCCUCUCCACCAUUGGUACAUCUGCUCUCCGCGGGGGGCCUUUCGCUCCAGCAUCCAUGGCUUUGGGCUCUCAGUCUGAAGCCGAGCUCAUGCACGGUCCCCUUGUCAGAACGCGGGGCUCAGCUGGGUGGACAGGGUCUUAUGGACACUUGGGCACCACCCGUGGUGCCCCUAAACAGGUUGCCAGCUUUGUGGAAGGUCCCCCUUACAGGAUGGCAGGAGCUGAAGGCAUCCUCCUGGCACGGGCAGAGCCGGUCACCCUCUGGAGCCCAGGGUUGGGAGUGGUCAGCAUGUGGCCCCCCAGGGCCAGCCCAGCAGCCUCUCCCUAACUCACCUCCCUGAGGUCUUGCCAAAGGUGACAUUGGUGCUCUACUAUCCCCACUGCCCCCACCAGAGUCUCCCCCUGUCAUGAGGGACACCUGCCGGCGACCUCCGGCUGGCCCGGACCUGCCUCAUGCAGUUCUCAGGCUGAGCACAGCCUACCCCGGCUCCCCGAGACACGGGGCAGAGUCCCGAGCUGCUCUUCCUUCCUUCCUACUCAAAGCCACCACUUAAGGCCUGGCCCUUUCUUGCAUGGGACCGUGCACCUCCCUGGGCUCCCUCCUGUGAGGGCAGCGAGCCUCACGCUUCCUCCGUGAAGGAACCACCCAGCGGGCCCCGGCUGGCUGCAGCUGUGUCCUGAGAUGCACGGGGGCUCCCCCAAGAGGGAUGCCUGCCUUCCCCAACUCAGGAUGCAGAAGAUGGGGAGAAUUGCACACGUGUAACGUGUGACUCAGAAAACACAGGACUGAAAAGGUGAGAUUCAGACGCCAUUGCGAGUUUGCACGCCGUAGCCAGGCCACGCGUGACCACAGAUGAGCUCCAGAUGAGAGCCCCAGGGAGAAGUCUCUUGAAGCCCACAGUCACCGCUGCCCUCGAGGCCCCUGGUCCCCAGGCGCUCCUCCCCAUGGGCAGUCGGAUGCGUGGGCCUCAUCCUGUCCCCUGCAGUCGGCAGGCAGGUGGGUCCUGCUGUGCUAACGGAGAAUUCCCCAUCUGGAAGUCAGCUCUGAGGUCUUGUGUUCUGGAGAUGCCCACCAUCCCCGGGCCCCUUGAACUCUGGGUCAGCACCCCAAAAUGUCCUUGAGUCAGCACAUGCCCCUCCUAAAAAGCGUUGUGUGGGAAAAUGAUGGAACGUAGAAGCUGCAAAGCAGUCACUUUUGCUCUAAAAUGUCAUUAUCAGUACUAUCGCUAGGCUUACGUUUUUCUGUUGUCUCGUAGCUUUUGCUUAUAUGCUAAAAAGUAUUAAAAUCAAACGUAGUGUGGGCAUGGAUGGACAGGAGGACAUGAACAAAGUUACGGUUUAUACUUUUACAGCUUCUACUAGAGGAAAAAAGUUUCCGAUAUCCAGACUGACCUGUUGAAUUUUUUAAAAGUGGAUAUAUUUUAAUGAAACUUUUAACACUGUUUUAAUACUUGCCUUUGGAAAGAGCCUUCAAAUAUAUUUCUGAUACUGAGGUAUGUAUUAAAUAUGCAAUAUUGAUGUAAAAUAAAUCCCAGGUUAAAUCAUAUUUACCAUAAACAGAAACGUCUACUUGAUUUUCCAGAUGAAGCAACUGUAUUUCCUUUAGUGUGUGUUGGCGAAUUUACAUUCUGAGACAGUCCUGUCCUUCUGGAUAGAAGGCGAGAAUAAACAGGCUGGCACCAAAAGUUUCGAGGAGGACGGCGGAGGCCACUUCCUCCUCCACCUGCCAGUCCCUCUCCUCCCCGUCACGGAGGGUUGGGCGACCCUCCCGGGCGCCAUUAGGAUAUCCCAGAC